GCCAUUCAUUCGCCUGUUGCUCGUCAUCACGACUAGUCGCGACGGUUUCGGAAUCCCCCCGCUACGUUCGAACGUGUGUUCGCGGGUGCCUCUUGUGACUUCAGCAGUGUUACCGGAAAAGGCCUGGCGACCUAACUGAUAACAAGUGCUGUAGCUUUCAAAGACUAUUGAAAUUACGGUGUAUCUUAACGAGAAAAACAAGUUAAUAAUUUACCAACGCGUGCUCCGGUUGCUGGUAGCUAAAACCUCGUCUAAGGGUGUUCCAUCAUUCACUUGAUAGUGUUCAAUGCUCAUUUUGAGAGCUACACAGUUUGCCCAUAUUUAUUAAAUUCAAAACAGACACGCUUAUGUAAGGUAGAUAAAAACACCGACGACUAGUUCAAACUCCAAACAGCAUUUUCGCACGAUGUGGCAUCGUAAAUGCUUUAAGAUUGCUUCCUUGCAUUUGCCGCUACUGCUAGCGCUGGUGACCUUCACGCGGUGGCCGAUUCAACAGGUCGAUGCCCAAUUCUCGGUGGACCAGAUGCGAGUGGUGUGUAAGUCCAACAACGACACCCACCUACGGCAGACACUGAAGAAAAUACUGAAACCACGCAUCGUUGGAACUGCCACCCACGAUGAGGUUAAACGUUACAUCGUCGACCAGUUGAAGCAGCUCCAUUUCAUAGUAGAGCUCGACGAGUUCAAUGAUAAAACACCACACUUUGGAAGAUUGAAAUUUUCCAACAUUAUAGGCAAGCUUAAUCCAGCAGCGGAUAAGUAUCUCACUCUGGCAUGCCACUACGACAGCAAAUAUUUCAGGGAGCAUGCUUUCGUCGGUGCCGCAGAUUCUGCAGUUCCGUGUGCAAUGAUGCUUAAUUUGGCAAAGACCACUGAGUCAGCACUCAAACUGCUGCGAAACAACACUGAUCUAAGCUUGAUGUUGCUGUUUUUCGACGGAGAGGAAGCUUUUAGAAAGUGGUCCGCAACCGAUUCGUUAUACGGAUCUCGUCACUUGGCUAACAAGUGGACUACAAUGCCCUUCGUAUCGAAAACUCUAGGAAAAUCGAUGCGGGAAAUAGAUAGGAUUCAGUUGAUGAUACUGCUGGACCUGAUCGGCGAAGAGAACCCAAAGUUUUAUAGCUUUUUUGAUAGCACCAGAAACCACCAUCGAAGAUUGAGCAAUAUAGAGUCAUCGCUUCGUAAGAACAAACUUUUGCUGAAGGAUCCCAAAAGUAAUGGGAUGUUCGUUGAUAAAAGCACGUAUAGCAGGAUAGAGGAUGAUCACUUGCCAUUCCUGAAACGGAGCAUUCCAAUUCUACACCUAAUUCCAGUUCCAUUCCCAAAGCAUUGGCACAAACCAGAGGAUAAUGAGGAAAACUUGAGUUUGAAGACUAUCGGUAACAUCAACAUGAUUCUACGAGUGUUCAUGCUAGAGCACUUAACAUACUGUAAUAGUAAAUAUGGCCGAUCUCCCAGCACGUGUUUAAACUAAGCACACUACACCACCUAUAGAAAAAUCAUCCUCGGUGAUGCUCGAUAACAUGAAAGGUGCUACUGUGAAAAUUGCACGCCGCUUGAAACCAUUGAAGCGAAACCUAAAGAUUUUCGAUUGAAAUUGUCCCAAGCAGUCAAAUGGUUUAUUUGAAAUCUUCAUUAGAUGCUCGACACCAUACGAUUAAUGCAUUUAAAUUCGGCAGAGCAAAUAUGUAUACAAACAGAAGCUUUAUAUUUAUACUCUUAUAAUAAAAGUUUAUUGUGAUUGUUUA